AUGUUGCCAUUUUGGCUGCUGGCGUGUUUUUUGGCCCAAAGUUGGGCAGCUCCCGAACAGGUUCAUUUGGCUUUCCAUGACGGUCCGCUAGAUCUUUCGGUGGCAUGGAUCACCUUCAAUGAUGGUUUGAUUUCAGUUUCUUUUUUUCCUGAUUUUCUUGUAAAUGAGCUUAUUUUGAGAAAAAAAAUUUUUUUUCUAUCAAUUGAACUUUUUGUGGGAGAGUGAAUAGAGCGACGCGGUCGCGUAGCGGCUUUGAAUCUAGUUAUAGAUCUUCUGGAAAUUUUUUAAUAAGGGUAAUAAUCGUGAUAUAGACGAUUCACGACUAGCUUGGGACGCAAAAAGGCGUGGCCUGUCUGCACUCUCUACCAACCAGGGCACUGUCUCGUCUCUUUUCGUGGCAGGACCCUUUUCGAUGGCUCAAGCCAGCCGUGAAUCAGCUAUAUUGCUCAAGUACACGUUAUUUAUCCUAAGUCCAAACACCGCGACCGCAUUUGGAAUGGAUCAAAGCGUUGUGUUUUGAAUCAGUUCUUCCCGAUGUCUCAACAAAAAAGUGCCCGGACUGCUCGGGCCUUGCUAGGGUUUCGUCAUGCUUUGCAAAAAAUUGAAACUCAUUAAAAAUAUCGAAAAAUUAUUUUCUGUCGUUAAAUCACAGUUUCUGUUGGACUCUGAAAGAAAAAAAGAAAGCAAAAACUUGACUUUUCGUCGUAAAAAAGCCUGAUAUUGGACUUGAAGAAAACUUGAGGUUUUUGGGCCGGCCAUUUUGGCUUGAGGCCUUCCUAAGGCCGUGGGAUUAUAGCUGAUUCACGGCCAGUUUGGAACGCUAAGGGGGCGUGUCCUGUCUGCGCUCUCCCCGAGCCAGGCGCUAUCUCGUGCAUUAUCGUGUCAGGACCAUUUUUUCGAUAACUCAAGCCAGCCGUGAAUCAGCUAUAUACUGUUUUGAUACUCUGCAAAAUCUUCAUUUGCAGUUGAUUCAAUCCUGAGCUACGGAACCUCUCUGAGUUCUUUGGUCAAAAAAACUGGAGACAUCAAAAAAUGGGUCUUCGGAGGGAUCACUCGGUACAGCCAUCGAGUUCGGCUACACGAUUUGAAGCCGUCUACUCAGUACUGUUCGUUUUUUCUUUACAAAAAAUUGUGAAAAUCUUAUAGAACACUAUGAAAAAUAGUAAAGUAUAAAGGCGCAUCGGCCUUUUUUUCAAACGUGAGCCCAAAAAUGGCAUUUAUCAUAAGUUAGUAGUUAAUAAAAUACAAAGAGUGUAAAUUAGCGAAAAUUGAUUUUUUUUUGUUGUUAAAAUUGGAUAAAAAGAAGUUAAGAAUUCAGAUUAUCAAAUUGAAUCCCGAAUUUUCCACUUCAAAACCCUGCCAGCCAAUCCAAAGUCGUAUAAGGUUGGUUUUUUAUUUUUUGAUUGGUGGAAAAGAUAGAAGUUAAGGUCUGUAUCUAUGGCGAUCUUGGUAUUGAGAACGGCGUUUCGACGACCAGUAUAAUUAAUCAAGGCUUAGCCGGACAGUUCGAUUUCGUCGUCCAUGUUGGUAGGUUUUUCGAACUCCCUCACAAUUGGAGAUUAAAAACCAGACUGUUAAAAAGUCGGAAGAAAUGGUGAAUAGACUAAAACAUCACAAGCGUCUAACCGUCUGUUCUCUCUCCCUCCCUCGUCGUUGAGAAAACAAAAAACAGAAGACGGUUACAGUCUGUUCAGAUGUUGAGUCUCAAGUAGAAUGACGUCAUUGAAAAACGCUCUGUGGAUGGCUCGCUCUCUGAUUGGUUCAUUGCACCAUUAGGGGGCGGAGUUUAUGCGAGGACUUGACAUUUGAAAUCUGAACAGACUAUAGAUGUUUUUGAAUCUUGUGAAUGAAAUCUACACUGUGGCCGUAUUUAUUGCGAACACUCUGCUUUUUAUUUCUUUUUCUUUCUCCAAAAGUGCUUAGAGAACAAGAGAGCGCAGACAGUCAGACAUCAUAAAUUUUCAGGAGAUCUCGCCUAUGACCUUCACACGGAUAAUGGUAAACGCGGGGACAAAUUCAUGAAUUUGAUGGAACCAUUAAUUUCUACUGUAAGUUUCUAUAAUUAGACUUGAAACAGUCUGAUUUCUUCGCAAUCUACGUGCUAUUCAAACUUCUUUCGCCUUUUCCAAUGAAAGAAAAAAGGAAGCAGACAGCUCAGACACUGUCAAAUGAAAAAUGGAUUAAAGGUGAAUUUUCAGAUGCCCUACAUGGUGAUCGCUGGGAAUCACGAAGACGACGGGAAAAACUUCAGCAAUUAUCAAACUCGCUUCUACAUGCCACACAACGGUUAUGGUGACAAUCAGUUUUACAGGUUUUCGUUUUCAUUUUUCAGGCUUUUAAAAAUUAUUUUCAGCGUAGACAUCGGGCCAGUUCACUGGCUUGGGAUCAGUACCGAAUUUUAUGGAUUUGAUCGGGAAUACGGAACGGCUUCCAUUCAAACGCAGUAUAAUUGGCUUCAAAACGACUUGAAGGUUUGUUUGGACACAAACGUUUACUUAAACUGCGGAUAGUAGUCACUAAAGGGGUUGAGAUGCUGAGAUGUUUUUUCUCAGCAGACUUGGAGCCGAAAAAGCUUGAAUUUCUUUUGAUUAUAUUUCUAUCCAAUUUUUACUUCUUGAGUAGCUCCUCACAGACUCAAAAGAUUGAUGUCAAGCCUUUAAAGGGUCUCUUGAUUGUAUGAAAAUUAGAUUUUAAGUUUUUGAGGUAAAAAAAAUAUCAAAAUUGAAUCGAAAAAUCAAAAAAAAAAAGAUCAGGACUAAUGCGCUCUACGGAGACAUAUAAUUAAAAAAAUUUUUUAUUUCUUUUGUUUUUGUUUUUUAACCUUUUCCAUUAAUAAUCUUGAAGACGGCCGAAGCGAACCGGAAAAAUGUUCCAUGGAUUUCAACGUUCCAACACAGACCGAUGUACUGCAGUAUCGAGUACGGCAACGAAUGUACCGAUUUCACCAGCGAUUUUGUAAGUUUUUCUGUUUAUUCUUGAUGAUUUCUCUGUUCAAGAGCUUCAUUUUUUAACCUACCUUCGAAGAUUCUUAUUAGUUUAUGUUAAGUCCCUUCAAGUUCCUGAACCCACUGGUUCCUACUUUUCAGUUUAUGAUAUCAUUCAAGCUUCAUUAUCGUCUAAUAACUCUUAUCAAGGUCUUGAAACUGACUUUCAAGGAUUAUUUAUUGCAAAGAGCGGACGUUCCACUAGAAAGUACAGGGGGAAAUGUAGCCUCGUCAUAAUUUUUAGGAUUAUUUAGAACAUUACACAUAAAAAUGAACAUCCUCGAUAAAUUUUCGAAGCUUUUUUUGUGCUGCAUGGUGAUUUUUUUUUUACGAAAAAGAGAAUUUAAUAAUUGCCGACUUUUCUAGAAAUUAUAUUUUUAUUGAAUUUUUUUUUCGCUUGACAGCUGAUUUUUUAUUUUUCGGAACGGGACGCGAAUCCGACGUGCCUGGGCAUUUCUAGUGACUACUUUAGUAGCCUGAGCGCUCUUAAGUGAUUCCUAGAAUUGCCCAAAAACGUCCGGAGAACGUCCGUUUUGCGUUACCAAUUUCCGAGUUCAGAUCCGCGUUGGUGACCGCGGCCUGCCUGGCUUGGAACCGACUUUUUUGAAAUACUCGAUAGAUUUCGGAUUUUGGGGCCAUAUGCACGCCUAUGAGAGGAUGUAUCCAGUUGCUGACCGGAAAUAUUACGCCUCGGUGAGAAAAAAAGAUACAUUUAAAUAUUGAAGUUUCCAGAACUCUGCUUAUCACAAUCCAGUGGCUCCUGUCUACGUUUUGACCGGCUCUGCGGUUUUUUAAUUUUUCAGAAAAAAAAAUGAAUGAUUUUUUUAGGGAUGUCACACGCCUGGUGCGAAGUUUAGCAAUAAGCCGACGGCUUGGAGCGCUUUCAGGUUUAAUUUUGGAUCUUUAGGCUCAAUUUUCGAAAUUAGUAGCUUGGAAAACUACUAAAAGAAAAAUAAACUGAAGAAAAAUUCAAAAUCCGCUGGAAGUGGUCAUUUUCAGACUUUUAUCCCUUCUCUCUUCAGAACUGAAACUUUCCGCGCCUCUAUCUGAUAUAUCAAGGAGUAAACUACUUCAGGAGUUUUUGAACUAAGAAGUAGAAUGGCCUUUUUCAAGGCUGUUUUAGAUAAAUGUUUUUCAAAAUCUGUUGGUUCAUCUGUUCAUCUGUUCAUUUUGUUCUAAACCAUUUUCAAAUAAUCAAUUUUUCAGAUCCGAUGAUUACGGUUACACGAUAAUGACCGUAGCCAACAUGACCCACGUCAGACUCCAGCAAGUCUCAGUCAGUAAAAACGGAGCUUUCAUCGACGAUAUUUGGGUCAGCAAGGAUCCCGGCCACAUUCACACGGCUACAAUGAGGUUUUUCCUCGAGCUGGUCGCAUUUGGAAUGGCCUGUCCCAAUAUUAGUGACUUUUCGAAACCCCUUGAGCAAUUCCACGUGUGACCAGUAAAGUUUCAAACAAAAAACCGCCUCCUUUUCUAGAGAAAACACGCCCCACGGCGAAAUCCCCAACAAGUCGCGCUACCUUCUCGAAAACAACGAAAUUCAUUGA